AUGCAACGCCUCAGGUCAAUGAAUUUCAAAGGACGUGCCAUGGAAUUAUCAGACUUGUCAGUCUUCCACAACCGCAUACUUACACCAGAUGACAAAACUGGACUGGUUAGCGAAAUUAAAGACAACAAGAUGAUUCCUUGGGUAUUUCUCAAUUCUGGUCCAGGAAACACGACCAGUCCUUUCAAAUGCGAGUGGAUGACCAUCAAGAAUGAUGUGCUCUAUGCUGGAGGUCACGGUACUGAAUUCAGAAGUAUUCAAGGAGAAGUUGUGCACCGAAAUAAUAUGUGGAUCAAAACUAUUGCUCCCAGUGGAAAGGUUACCAACGUAGACUGGACAAAGAUUUAUGACAAACUGCGAAACGCUGUCGGUAUUUUUGAGCCGGGAUAUUUAACACAUGAAGCUGUUCAGUGGUCAGAAACACGGAAACAUUGGUACUUCCUUCCUAGAAAGGAAUCAAAGACUGUCUACGUCGAAGAAGAGGAAGAGACGAGACAAAGAAUACUGCGACCUGAGCGCGGAUAUUCGGCAUUCGAUUUCAUUCCUGGUACCGACGACAAGAUCAUCGUUGCCUUGAAGUCCAAAGAAGUGACUGAUGAACCUGUCGAAACCUAUGUCACCGUCUUCACCAUCGAUGGUCAAGUCCUACUCGAUGAUCAGAAGCUCGACGGCAAUUACAAAUUUGAGGGACUUUAUUUCAUUUGA